AUGAUCUACUCUCGAACUCCAAGGACCCCAAAGCCUUCGGAAGCUAAGCUCCAAAAUCCAGAAAUAAUCAGUGUGACAAUAAAAUCCGCAAAUCAAAGGGAAAAAAAAUUUGAUCAAUCAAAAGAGAUUGAGGAUAAAUCUAUUAUAAAAUAUAGAAAUGCAUGAAAAGAAUAUUUAAAUGAGCUUCUUAACAAAAGCCAAGAAAAUCCUAUUUCGUACCGACAAGACUCAAGGAAAAAAAAUACAAGAAAAGCUCGAUAUAUGCAGGAUCAAGAAACUUUCUAUGAAGAAAUAAAUGAUAAAACUAUUAAUGAGGAUAUAGCCUCAUUAUAUAAGCAAUCAUUUAUGAGUAAUUUCAAAGAUGAAAGCACUCAAAUAGAUACACCUAUUAACUCUCAGAAAAUUGACUUAUCACCAAAAAUAUGGAGAAAUAAACAAAUGCUAUCUCCUAUUGAUUUUUAUAAAAUUUUGAAUGGCAAGCCUACAGAAAAAUCCCUAAAGCCUUUAUCACCAGUUUGCCCAAAAAUAAAAAGCCCACAUUCUGAUCUUGAAGACAGUUAUGAGUCAAAAGCCCUUGAAAAGUUCCACUCAAAAUCAGUAAAAUCAGUGCCAAAACAUAUUUCAUUGGAAAAUUACAGUUUCAAAGACAAAGAAUCUUUUCUUGAACUAACACCAAAUUUACAUUACAAGAAGAAGCCAGAUUUGUAUGAAAACCAUAGAAGGCGAUUAAAAAUUCUGAAAAUGAAAGAAUCCACAGAAAGAGGAAGAGGUAGUUGUUCUCUAAAAACUGAUGUUAAUGGGUUCAUUGAAAUCAAGUCGAAGAAACAGCUAUGCGAUGCAAAUAAAAAAAUUAAGCAAAUAAAAGGAGUGAAACUUCCUAACUCCCCCCCCAUCCUUGAUCGAACGACUCGCCAUCGUUCGAUCAAGGAUGGGGGUUAAAAAAAAAAUUUUUUGGGGGAAAAAAAAAAUUUAUAUAUAUAAAAUAAAAAAUAUAUAUAUAUAUUUUUAUUUAUUUACUUUUAAAUAAGAGGGUUAAGAGUAUUUAAUAAUUUUUUUUACUACAAAAAAUUGAAUUAAUUUCAUAAAAAUACCAAUUUUUUUAUUUUUAAUUUAUUAGUUACCCCUUUAAACUGUAUAAAUUUUAAUUUUGUUCUUUAUUAAAUUAAAUUUUUUUUUUAAAUUUUAAAGAAUCUCUAUUUUAUUAGAUUAUUGAGUUUUUAAGCCUAGAUUGAUGACUAAAUCACUACGAAUGGUUGAUUCCGAAGCUUUCUGUCGUCUCAAAGUCUCUGAAAACAACUUCAUUAUGUUCAUCUUCGCAAGCUUUUGAUAUAAAUUAUGCUUUUAUAUAUAUAAAAAUUUGCAUGAUAUGAAAAUCGUUCGAUCAAGGAUGGGGGUUAAUUUCCCCAAUUUUUAGGAAUUUUUACAGUCAAUCGUUCGAUCAAGGAUGGGGGGGGGAGUAAGUUGAAAUUGUCCUAA